UACCUUCCGGCUCCGGAGGUAAUGCGAGAACUUAGUUCUUGGUAUUCUCGUAACCUGGUGUGGAGAUUCUUCUGAGGCUUUCACCGUUCUCACGAAAUCAAAUUUGAAAAGUCUGGAGAAUUUGAGUGGUUGACAACAUACAAUGGGUCAUUGUGUGUCAGUACCUUCAAGAAAUACUAGAAGAAGGAAGAAGCUUCAUUGGAUCAAGAAAUGCAGUGGAAAGGUCUCAAAUGCUGUGGUGUUUAAUGCUGGUAUUAAGAGGAGGCAUAGUGAUGCAGGGACAUGUGUGACAGAUUAUUGUUCUGUUUGUGAAUUUGUUCAUGUGGACCUUGAGAAUGGCUCCACUACUACUUGUAGGCGAUCUCUAGUGUCCAAUUCAACAUUUCAAGUUACUCAGCUUGAAUGGCAACACACUCAAUAUGAUGCGACAAACUUGAUUUCCCAGGAGGAAGCAUAUUUUGACACCGUCAGCGUUCUGGAACCUGAUUCAGAUGAUGACAACAAUAGUAUACAUGGAGGUAAUAAGUGUAUGUGCGAAGAGUACCAUGAAAGUUAUGUUAAAGCUGAUGCAGGAAAGUAUGAAAUUUCUCGCUUUGAAAGAAGUCAUGGAAGUUUCAAAGGUGUUAAAGAACAAAAACAUGAAGUGGAGGAGAAGGCUCUAGAUAAUCCAGCGAAAUUGAGCCUUCCUCUUCCGAUAAGUUCCAAUCAAAAACUUCCAAAUCGGCCAGGCAAGGCUCUUCAGUGUCAGAAAAUGCAGACAACGAUUUUCAAGCUUUCUUUCAAGCGAAGGUCCUGUGACAGAGAAGAAAUCACUGAACAUGGUCAAUCAAAAAGAUAUCUGUAUCGUCCCAGAGCAGGAUGCAUAAUUCCAUGCCAGGAAGGAGAGAAGCCAUCCUCUGGAUAUUGGUCUGAAAUUCCAUCAUCAACAUUUAAACUUCGUGGAGAAACCUAUUUCAGAGACAAGUGCAAGUCCGCUGCUCCAAAUCACAGUCCCUAUGUUCCCAUUGGUGUUGAUUUAUUUGUCUGUCCCAGAAAGAUAAACCACAUUGCCCAAAAGCUUGAGCUUCCAAAUGUGAAACCCUUUGGGAAAAUUCCUUCACUUCUUAUUGUAAAUAUCCAGAUGCCUACAUAUCCAGCUGCAAUGUUUCUUGGUGAUAGUGAUGGAGAAGGGAUGAGUCUUGUACUGUAUUUCAAGGUUACUGAGACUCUGGACCAACAUAUUUCUUCGCAAUUUCAAGAAACCAUAAAGAAAUUAAUAGAUAAUGAGAUAGAAAAGAUCAAAGGGUUCACAAAAGACUCAAGUAUUCCUUUCAGAGAAAGACUAAAGAUCAUGGCCGGACUCGUCAAUCCUAAGGAUAUGAACUUGAGUUCUGCUGAAAAGAAGCUGGUUCAUGCUUACAAUGAAAAACCUGUACUCUCAAGGCCUCAACACAGCUUUUAUGAGGGUCCUAACUACUUGGAGAUUGAUCUGGACAUUCAUCGGUUCAGCUACAUAUCAAGAAAAGGGCUUGAAGCAUUUCGAGACCGUCUGAAAGAUGGCAUUGUUGAUCUGGGUUUAACCAUUCAGGCACAAAAACCAGAGGAACUUCCAGAGCAAGUUUUGUGUUGCAUUAGAUUGAACAAGAUUGAUUUUGGUGAAAAUGCCCAAAUACCCACAUUAAUGGAGUCUUGAUCCUGAAUCAUCAUUUGUAUAGCAGUUAACAUUUCAUUAUAGCACAAGCUUUCAUCUUUAUCCUAAGUACAUGCUAGCUAGAAAUACAAGGUAUCUCAACCUUGGUAGUUUUCUUCUAAAUAUUUGUAAUCAAAAUCUUGAGAAAAGCACAUGUAUUAUAAUUAAGCUGUUUUUU